GGUCACGUAACGGCUGCUCUGCGUGUGGCUGGGGAGGGGGCGCUCCUAGGCACCCCGAGCUCUCCGCGCGCCUCGGCUUCCAAACUGUUACCGGCUCGUAAACAACAGCUGCGCGCGCACCGCAUCAGCUGGCGCCGGGAUUCUGCACCUGCGACCGCCUCCUCCCCUCGCCGUCGCCCCCUCCCGCUCAGCCCGCGCCGGCGGGCGAGGCCGUCACCUCCUCUGCUAGAACCCGGAGCGAGGACGGCCGGGGGCUGAGCUGCGUCCCGGCCCUCAGGAGAGAAGGCGUCUCUCGGCGGCGGGCUGCCGGUCCUGUCACAUAGGAGAAACCCAGCGCGCCGGCUGAGGGCUCGAUGGACUAGCGACGACCUGGCACGACCCUGCGCUGCAGUCCCAGCCGUCUCGACCCGCUCCCCGCCGCCUUCCACAGCCCGGGGACCUUUCUGCUGGCGGCGCGGGCUGGCCACCCCCGCACACCUCUCGGCGGCGGAAUCCGCUUUGCCCCUGCCUGGUCUGCUCACCCUCUUGUUCUCUUCCACCUAGUAGUGGGGGCUAUUUCUCCCGUUAUGCAUGCGCACCUCUCCCACCAGACCCAAGUGGAUUACCGGCCUCGAAAACGUCGGGCGGCUGUGCACACACCUCCUAGCCAGACCUGUGGGGUAUUCACCUGAUACACAACAGGUGGCCGGGUGGACACCGUCUCGCAGUCUGAUCCAUGCUGUAUUCGCCGGAUCAGGGUGGGCCUGCGCGCCUGGCGCUCAACUAGAGCCGUGGGACACUUACCAGUAAAGAACUACCUAUCUCUCCCCAAACCAGGUGGUGGAGGGAAGACAGGCUUUCCCUGCUGCUGAGACCAUGGCGCUGACCCCCAGCCCUGGACCAGGGGAGAUGGCUAGAUAACUUGCUACGGACAAACUUACACAAGAUUGGCUUGUUCCUUUUUUUUUUUUUUUUGUUUUCCCUCAAAUUUUUUUUCAGCUGCUGGUAGUGUAUGUGCGCACUCUAGGACAUCUGCUUGACUUCUGAGUAGAUGGAUUCUUACUGGGGUCUUUUUGUGCCGUGUUAAUCAAGGUCAUUGAGGGUUUUUUUUUUAAGUUUCUUGAUUCUGCAAUCAAAAAUAAUUAAAGUAGGUGGGAAGAUUUUGCGGGGUUUCCCUUUUUUCUUUGACCUUAUAAAGAAAAAGAAAAAUGCAUCCUCCAGAAACCACCACCAAGAUGGCCUCAGUUCGGUUCAUGGUCACACCAACAAAGAUCGAUGACAUUCCAGGUUUGUCAGACACUAGCCCGGACCUCAGCUCACGGUCCAGUUCCCGGGUGAGGUUUAGCUCCCGGGAAAGUGUGCCCGAAACCAGUCGGAGCGAGCCUAUGAGUGAGACGUCUGGGGUCACCACUUCCCUUGCAACUGUUGCACUGGAUCCAGCCAGUGACCGGACUUCUAACGCCCAGGACGUUACUGAGGACCCGAGUCAGAACUCCAUCACAGGGGAACACAGCCAACUGUUAGAUGAUGGCCAUAAGAAAGCUCGGAAUGCUUAUCUCAAUAAUUCUAAUUAUGAAGAAGGAGAUGAAUAUUUUGAUAAAAACUUGGCACUCUUUGAGGAAGAAAUGGACACCAGACCAAAGGUUUCUUCUCUUCUCAAUCGUAUGGCCAAUUAUACUAAUCUAACACAAGGAGCAAAGGAACAUGAAGAAGCAGAGAAUAUCACUGAAGGGAAAAAGAAGCCCACCAAGAGCCCCCAAAUGGGUACCUUCAUGGGUGUCUACCUCCCAUGUCUACAAAAUAUUUUUGGUGUGAUACUGUUUCUUCGCCUUACAUGGGUUGUGGGCACAGCUGGAGUUCUCCAGGCCUUUGCAAUUGUUCUCAUCUGCUGCUGCUGUACACUGUUGACUGCCAUCUCCAUGAGCGCCAUCGCUACUAACGGAGUGGUGCCAGCUGGGGGCUCAUACUUUAUGAUUUCCCGGGCCCUGGGCCCAGAGUUCGGGGGAGCUGUUGGCCUCUGCUUUUAUCUUGGUACCACAUUUGCAGCAGCCAUGUAUAUCCUUGGUGCCAUUGAAAUUUUUCUGAUAUAUAUUGUCCCCCGAGCUGCCAUCUUUCGAAGUGAUGAUGCACUCAAGGAAUCAGCAGCCAUGCUAAAUAACAUGCGUGUCUACGGCACAGCUUUCUUAGUCCUCAUGGUGUUGGUAGUUUUCAUUGGUGUACGCUACGUGAACAAGUUUGCUUCACUUUUCCUGGCCUGUGUCAUUGUGUCCAUCUUGGCCAUUUAUGCUGGAGCCAUCAAGUCGUCUUUUGCCCCUCCAGAGUUCCCGGUCUGCAUGCUGGGUAACCGCACCCUUUCAUCAAGGCACAUUGACAUUUGCUCUAAGACUAAGGAAGUUAACAACAUGACAGUACCGUCUAAGUUAUGGGGCUUCUUCUGUAACUCCAGUCAGUUCUUUAAUGCCAGCUGUGACGAAUACUUUGUUCACAAUAAUGUCACUUCAAUCCAGGGAAUUCCUGGACUGGCUAGUGGUGUCAUUACAGAGAAUCUUUGGAGUAAUUAUCUGCCCAAGGGAGAGAUCAUUGAAAAGCCCUCAGCAAAAUCUUCUGAUGUCUUAGGCAGUUUAAACCAUGAGUACGUCCUUGUUGACAUCACCACCUCCUUCACUCUUCUGGUGGGCAUCUUCUUUCCCUCUGUCACAGGUAUCAUGGCUGGAUCAAACAGAUCUGGAGAUCUGAAAGAUGCCCAGAAGUCUAUUCCCAUUGGCACUGUCCUUGCCAUCUUGACCACCUCCUUUGUCUAUUUAAGCAAUGUUGUCCUUUUUGGUGCAUGUAUUGAAGGUGUUGUUCUAAGAGACAAGUUUGGGGAUGCUGUGGAAGGUAAUCUGGUGGUGGGCACAUUAUCUUGGCCCUCCCCAUGGGUGAUUGUUAUUGGCUCCUUCUUCUCAACAUGUGGGGCUGGACUGCAGAGCCUCACAGGUGCACCGAGACUGCUACAGGCUAUAGCCAAGGAUAACAUCAUACCCUUUCUAAGAGUUUUUGGUCACAGCAAAGCCAACGGGGAACCUACAUGGGCUUUACUUUUAACUGCUGCCAUCGCAGAGCUGGGAAUCCUUAUCGCCUCGCUGGAUCUUGUGGCCCCAAUCCUAUCCAUGUUUUUUCUCAUGUGUUACCUCUUUGUAAACUUAGCAUGUGCCUUGCAAACAUUACUUCGAACACCCAACUGGAGACCCAGGUUCCGCUACUACCACUGGGCUCUUUCUUUCAUGGGAAUGAGUAUUUGUCUGGCUCUGAUGUUCAUUUCUUCCUGGUAUUAUGCCAUUGUAGCUAUGGUAAUAGCUGGUAUGAUCUACAAGUACAUCGAGUACCAAGGAGCUGAGAAAGAAUGGGGUGAUGGUAUUCGUGGGCUGUCCCUUAGUGCAGCCCGGUUUGCUCUACUUCGACUAGAAGAAGGACCUCCACACACUAAGAACUGGAGGCCUCAGCUACUUGUUUUACUGAAACUAGAUGAAGACUUACAUGUCAAGCAUCCUCGCCUCCUUACCUUUGCUUCACAACUCAAAGCAGGAAAGGGUCUCACUAUUGUGGGCUCCGUCAUUGUGGGGAACUUCCUGGAGAACUAUGGUGAAGCUUUGGCUGCUGAGCAGACCAUAAAGCACCUAAUGGAGGCAGAGAAGGUGAAGGGAUUCUGCCAGCUGGUGGUGGCUGCCAAGCUGAAAGAGGGCAUUUCCCACCUCAUCCAGUCGUGUGGCCUUGGGGGCAUGAAGCACAACACAGUGGUAAUGGGAUGGCCUAAUGGCUGGCGCCAGAGUGAAGAUGCUCGGGCAUGGAAGACUUUUAUUGGCACAGUGCGAGUCACAACUGCUGCCCACCUGGCUCUGCUGGUGGCUAAGAACAUCUCCUUCUUCCCCAGCAACGUGGAACAGUUUCCUGAGGGCAACAUUGAUGUGUGGUGGAUUGUGCAUGACGGGGGGAUGCUCAUGCUGCUGCCAUUCCUGCUCAAGCAGCACAAGGUGUGGCGAAAAUGCAGCAUACGGAUCUUCACAGUAGCCCAGCUGGAAGACAACAGUAUUCAGAUGAAGAAAGACCUGGCCACCUUCCUGUAUCACCUACGCAUUGAGGCAGAAGUGGAAGUGGUGGAGAUGCAUGACAGUGAUAUAUCAGCUUACACAUAUGAGCGUACCCUGAUGAUGGAGCAGAGGUCCCAGAUGCUCCGGCACAUGCGACUCUCCAAAACAGAGCGGGACAGAGAGGCACAGCUGGUGAAAGACCGGAACUCAAUGCUGCGACUGACCAGUAUUGGCUCCGAUGAGGAUGAAGAAACAGAAACCUAUCAUGAGAAGGUGCACAUGACUUGGACAAAAGACAAGUACAUGGCUUCUCGGGGGCAAAAGGCCAAGUCAAUGGAAGGAUUCCAGGACCUGCUUAACAUGCGUCCGGACCAGUCCAACGUGAGGCGGAUGCAUACAGCAGUGAAGCUCAAUGAAGUUAUAGUUAACAAGUCCCAUGAAGCCAAGCUGGUUUUGUUGAAUAUGCCAGGACCACCCCGUAACCCUGAAGGUGAUGAAAACUAUAUGGAAUUCUUAGAAGUGCUCACCGAGGGACUGGAGCGCGUCCUUCUAGUUAGAGGUGGUGGCAGUGAAGUUAUCACCAUUUAUUCCUAAUCUACUCCUGAAAGACUGCUUGGCCUCACCUUCCCUAAAAGGCUUCCAUCAUCCAUGGAAGUGCCAGCUCUUUACUACCACACCCAUCAACUAGAGGCCUGUGUUCUAUACACAUCACUCUGAACUUUUGAUAAGAUGAGCCUCAAAUACUUGUGCAAGAAAGUACAAAUAGGUCUGUUUGCUCUUUGUCCCAUAUGAUCUUCUGUCUACAAAAGUAACAAAUACGCCCUCAACAUCAGAACAAUGGUCAAGUCCUAAAAGCCAUGUCUGAACUGGUUGAAGAUAGAAUUAAUAUGUUAGACCAAUAAAAUGAAUUGGCAAAAGGGGUGCUAGAGAAUUCAACUGGAGAAAAAAAGCAAGUACAGAUCAGACAUUGAAGAUGAGUCUCAAUGACACAACAUUAUGGUCCUGUGACACCGUGGGAGUAAUAGCCAGAGACACAGCCUUAUAUUAAAGAAUUCAUAGCCAAGUACGAAGAUCUAACCUCCUGAUGGAGUUAACCUUUUGAAAGCCAAGAUGCAAACCUUUUAUAGCUAAUUUUCUUUAGAGUAUACUCUGCUUUCCAGGACUCUGACUUUAUAUUAGGGUACUAAGAACAAAAGUGAAACAUGGCUGCAGAAUACCAGGUUAAGUAUAUAUAACUGUGUUGGUGUAUAUUUCAGCUGUUUCUCGAAGCCCAGGCUGUGAUUAAGAUUGUAAUAGAGGCAGUGUUAACCAUGGAAAUUGUAUGUUUAAGUCGGAGUAAAAAUUAUUCCUUUUAGGUUCUUUUCAAAUGGCA